AUGCCCGGUGAAGAUUAUGGCGAGGAACGAAGCCCAACAAGCGUUGGCCAGUUGCCCUGCGGAUCACCGCGUGCCUAUGCACUUCCGGGAGGGGGACGGACGAAGACCGGGAAAGGAGCAACGUCGACCAGGAUAGACACCAUGCAUCAGAAUGGACUGGACUCGACGAAUCCAUACAUGCCCCGGAGUGGAGAAGAGCCCCCACGGAUCCCCCAGGACUCAGCAAUCGCCGUGAAGGCUGCAGCGACAGCCACCUAG